CUCGACGAGUCUCCCUUCCGUUGAAAUCACUGACUAUGGUAGUAAGAAUCCGUCUAUCCCGUUUUGGGAAUCGACAUCAACCCUUUUUCAACAUCGUCGUGUGUCAAGCCCGAACCGCUCGCGACUCAAAGCCCAUCGAAGUUAUCGGAACAUACAACCCUAUUCCCAAAAGGCCCGUCGGCUUGUCGGAAGAAGAGGCCAAGCUUGCCCGGCCAUACAAAGAUAUUGCUCUCGAUCAAUCGCGGGCGAAGUACUGGCUCGGUGUGGGUGCGCAGCCGAGCGAACCUGUGUGGCGAUUAUUAAGUUUGGCUGGCUUGGUUGAAUCCAAACUGGGACGGAAACGAGCUGAACCGCCGGCGGCUGCAACGAAUACCUCAUGAUAUAGGAGCAGAAUCGAUCGGGAAAGAUCCCGUGGAUUUACGGAGGGACAAAGGUUGUCGAACGAGACAUAGAGGCCCAAGUGUGUCCAAAAACAUCCCUUGGACGUCGAAUAAUUGUCGAGAGAUGUAGGAUUUGCGAGGAUAUUCGGGCCCUUACGGUUGCCCACUGCACGCGAGGUUCGCGGUGAUGGACUCUAUGAUUUGGCUUUCUCGUCCAGGAUAGAUUUUUUUUCCCCUUUAUGUCAAGGGCAAAAACUAAGUUGUUUGUAAAGGUGCAGGACUGCCUGUACUUCGGGUUUUAGGCAUUAAGAGCAGGCGUUUGUGGGAAAAUUUAAUAUUCCCAAGACGAUAUGUAUAUUAGAUUUAACUGUAUCAAAAUUUUGAUGAACUUUGUUAAAACACAUAUGCUAUAUAAUAUACUCC